UAAUAAUCAAUUGUGAAAAGAAAGAGAAAACAAAAAAAAGAACACAGUGUAUGCGAAAUCAAUCAUCAACAAGAACCUAUCAACGAAAUUUUAUCCUGAUCCUCUUUCACUUUAAUGUCAAUCAGUUAAAAAAAAUAGCGAGUAGAACGAAAAUUUGCAUGGGCAUGGACAACCCUUUUGUUUCGUUUUUGUUUAAUAAGGUCGGUCUCUUCGUUCUCUACGUUCGUUACCACGGUAGUCGUUAUCACGUCCACCGCCAGAGUGGCGACCAUAAUCGUCUCUAUCGCGUCGAUCGGAACCUCCCCGGCUUCGGCCCUCAUAGUUGCUGCCACGGUCACCGCCACCACGAGAGUAUCCAUUUCCGCCUCGAGAGUACUUGUCAUCACCGCCACCGUAGUCUCGUCGACCUCGGUAACCACCUCUAUCGCCACCAGAGGAUUGCAUUGUGGAAGCUGGUCGAGGAGCCUUGCAUUUGAAGCAUUCUGUUCGAUUUCUUGCAAAAUUAUUGAUUCCACAGCUGAAGAACCGAGUCGCCAUCGCGAGGAGGAGGGGGGCCACGUCCACCUGAAAAAUCUCCUCGACCACCACCCCGCCGCGGCCACCGCCGCCAGUCCAAGCCUUUCGGACUGCUUUAUCGACCUUUAUAAUGUUGCCCAUAAAGUCUUUGUUUCCAAACCAGUCUAUAGCAGCAUCAGCAGUUGGCGGAUCAUCAUAUGUGAUAGUGGCUGCAAAACAUAAACAAUGUCAAAAACAGCGUCAGAAAAUUUUCCAUGUCAGUAUACAGAGAUAACAUACCAUCGCCUUUUGGUUUGCCUGUAGCCUUGUCGGUAUAAAUCCAAACUAUAUAAAUGAAAGAGA